CCCUGGAAGCCCCUCCCUCAAAAGCCCCGCCCUCAUCGUGGGAUGCCCCUUGGAGGCCCUGCCCCCACCCUGGAAUGACCUGCCUCCAUCCUGGGAUGACCCCUGGAAGCCCCACCCCCAGCCUGGGAUGCCGCCUCCAUCCUGGGAUGACCCCUGGAAGCCCCGCCCCUGUGCUGGGAAGCCACACCCCCACCCUGGAAUGUGGGGCGCUGAGGCUGUGUCCCUGCAGGGGGCGGCACUACUGGGUGCCGGUGACGCGGCGGCUGUUCGGGGGGCAGAUCGUGGGGCAGGCGCUGGUGGCGGCGGCGCGGGCAGUGAGCGAGGACGUACACGUGCACUCCCUGCACUGCUACUUCGUGCGUGCCGGGGACCCCGGCGUGCCGGUACUGUACCAGGUGGAGCGCACCCGCACCGGGAGGAGCUUCUCGGUGCGCUCUGUGAAGGCCGUGCAGCACGGAAAGCCCAUCCUCAUCUGCCAGGCCUCCUUCCAGCGGGCCCAGCCCAGCCCCGUGCAGCACCAGUUUGCCAUGCCCGCCGUGCCAGCCCCCGAGGAGCUGCUGACGCGGGACGAGCUCAUCCACAAGUACUUGCAGGAUCCCAACUUGGUGGAGAAGUACCGGCAGGGGCUCAACAAGAUGCUGGCGCAGAACGUGCCCAUUGAGAUCAAGCCCGUGAACCCGCCGGACGUGUUCCACUGGCAGCCGCAGGAGCCCAAGCAGCUGUUCUGGGUGCGGGCGCGCGGCUACAUCGGGGAGGGUGACAUGAAGCUGCACUGCUGCGUUGCUGCCUACAUCUCCGACUAUGCCUUCCUGGGCACUGCCCUGCUCCCGCACCGGCAGCACACGGUCGAAUUCAUGGUCUCCCUGGACCACUCCAUGUGGUUCCAUGCGCCCUUCCGAGCCGACCACUGGAUGCUCUACGAGUGCGAGAGCCCCUGGGCCGGUGGGAGCCGAGGGCUGGUGCAUGGACGGCUGUGGCGCAGGGACGGGGUCCUGGCUGUCACCUGCGCACAGGAAGGAGUCAUCAGGGUGGCGGAGACCCCGAUCGAGAGCAAGCUGUAGCUGCCCCCGCAGAAAGGCCGCCCUGUCUGGAAGCGGGCACGGGCUUGCUGCGGAGCCUGGGCAGCAGCGGAGGGCUGGAGCCAGCUGGAUCUCCGUGCUGCUGGGAGGUGGUGGCACAGCAGGUGCAGGCUGGGGGCAGGCAGACGCAGGCUGCGGUUACGUCACGUUUAUUGAGGGUUUGUUACACACUGGACUGGCAGCUGCUGUCUCUGCCUUGCUUCCCCUUCCCCCCUCCCCCCCAAUAAAGCAGCUGUGGCA